AUGAUAGCCGGAAGCACCGAUGGGAGGAAAAUAAAAAUCGAUGAAAUCUACUGUAAUACGCGAGUAUAAACCUUUUACUCACUGUACUUUUCGCGACCAUAGGCUCGAAUAUAUCGUCCUUUAACACUGCCACUGUGCCGCGGGGGACGGCAGUGAGUAGAAAAGCUGCUCCGUUUGAACGAAGUUGCUCGGUAGGGGUUUAGCUGACGUGUGGAGAAGUUGAGACUGCCAGAGAGCAGAUAAACAAACAUAAACAAGCAGGGAUCAGCUGAGCGCCUAUCCGAACCGAACCAGCAGCGAGGAGUGAUGUCAGGGGGGACGAGUUUCCUCUUUUGAGCCCAAGAAUGAUCCACAGGAGACCGUGACUUACACUGAUACUAGCUCCAUGUCAACUGUCAACACUGGCACACAAAGAAUUUCGGAAACACAACACGAGGACCAGCCAUAGGCUUCAGCAGAAAACCCACUGCUUCUGCCACUGUCUGUGACAAGACAUAGCCAGACUAGCAUGGACAACCAAUGAGUAUAUCUUCCUGUUUUCAGCUGUAACUAAACAAAUACAAAUAACAGUACAAGGAGACAGAGUCAGACGUGGGAUCAACAUGGCCCACCAGGCAACCCCUAGUUCACAGAAAGCCCUGAUGAUGGAGCUGAAGUCUUUGCAGGAGCAGCCUGUGGAGGGUUUUCGCAUCACUCUCGUGGAGGAGUCUGACCUCUACAACUGGGAAGUGGCCAUCUUCGGACCCCCCAACACCCUGUAUGAGGGCGGCUAUUUUAAGGCUCACAUCAAGUUCCCAGUGGACUACCCAUACUCCCCACCAACCUUUCGCUUCCUCACCAAGAUGUGGCACCCCAACAUCUAUGAGAAUGGAGAUGUGUGCAUUUCUAUCCUGCAUCCUCCAGUAGAUGACCCUCAGAGUGGGGAGUUACCCUCCGAAAGAUGGAACCCAACCCAGAACGUCAGGACUAUCCUGCUUAGUGUGAUCUCGCUGCUCAAUGAGCCCAACACCUUCUCUCCGGCCAAUGUGGAUGCAUCUGUCAUGUUUCGCAAAUGGAGGGACAGCAAAGGCAAGGACAAGGAGUAUGCCGAGAUUAUCAGGAAGCAGGUGCUGUCAACAGCGGCAGAGGCUGAGCGCGAUGGUGUCAAAGUGCCGACCACACUGGCUGAGUACUGCGUCCAGACCAGAGUCCCCUCUCAGGACAGCAGUUCGGACCUUCUCUACGACGACCUCUAUGACGACGACAUGGAGGAGGAGGACGAGGACGAAGAUGAGAGCGAGAUGGAGUCUGUAGGCGAGGCUGGAGGCUUCAGCACCGUGGAGGAGGGCAGUACAUCCACCAGACGUUACGACAACCAGGAUGACUCUGGCAACGAGGACUCGUGAUGAUCUGAGUGACAACUCCUCCUCCCUGCCAACUCCCCCAUCAACAUCCCCUUUGUCUUUUACAUGUUGUGUUACAAUUUCUGUGUGCGUGUGCGCAAAUGUAUGUGUGUGCACAGUGGGGUCAGAGGUUUACAGCCCAAAAACUUUUCAUCAUUUAUUAAACUAAUACAAAUGGUUUCAACAGAGUAGUUUUCAGAUGAUAGGUUAGUUGGAACUGUUUUCACUGAAAGUUAGAUUUUGGUGUUUUCACCGUUUGCCUUAAUUACAGCUUGCACUCUGUUUUUUUUUUUUCUUUUUUUCAAAACUGAAGAGAAUUAUUCCAACGCUUUUUGGGAGCAACCUCUGAGUCUCUUUGGUGUUUCUCUAGGGGUGGAACCAUCCCCUGCCUUGUUUCUUAAGCUAGAAAAGAUGAUUGUUUCACUAUAUGGUAAGAAGGCAAAUAAUCAUGUUCAAGUUAUUGACUCUGCCUAAGAAAAAACAUGCCAACAACAAAUAUUUCUAUUACCCUGUCCAUGUCUAGUUUUUAAACCCUGUUAUAUCAAUCCUCAAUGCAACCAAAGCCCAAAUUUCUUCAAGUAUUCAGCAGUGAAAGCUCAGCAUACUUCAGCCAAUCCUAACCCAUCUGGCUUGUUCUGGCUUUACAUUUUGUCCUAACAGCACAAGUGUCAGACAUUAUCAUCAACAUCGUAUACUCUUUGUCCACACUACAUCCGUUAAAAGUGUAAGUCUCUGGCCCUGUGAAUUUAGGGCUCCCCUCGUAAAAAGUAGCCUAAGAUAUCUUGUGAUAUUAUUUAUAAAUGGGAAAAACAGAAGUGAGGCGUUGCAUAUUGACAAGCCUUUAGAGAGGUGUCUGGCUGUAGACUGUACAUCUCUGACAGCCACUCACAGACCGUUCAUCUGUGACAUCAUAUAUCUCAGCAAGGAAGUGCUGUACAACAUAUUUCCAGUUUUACUUUUUUAAAAUUCAGAUUUAUUCAAUAAACAAUGUCUGGCAUGGACAUUCAUGAAAUAAACACUGUAAACAUUACAGAAUAAUUAACAUUUUUAAAAAUAAAACCAAGGAAAAGGUUAAUCUGGGAUUAAUUUAUGUAUAGACCCUUUAUAAGUAGUUACACAGAUGGUGGCUAACAUAGCUGAGCUAGCUAUGUAAUUAACAUUACUAUAUGAGGCAAUGUAGCUAAGUUAGCUUUAGCAACAUGAGCUUCAGCAAACGUAGCUUAAGCUAAAAAAUCUACGUAGAUAAUGUACCUACAUAGCUUGCAUAGCUGCUUUAUGAGCUUAUCUUUAGCUACGUAGCUCUGGUUAAGCAGCUAACUGAGCUACAUCAUCUGCACUGGCUGCAUUAAGUUUUUUCCUGUUAUCAGACUGUUUACUUGGCUUUUUUAGGCAUUUUGUUGUCAGCCUAACCGUAACACUUACCCUGAAUGGAAGUUUAAUCCCAUUUUAUUUCAGAAGUUUUAACGUGUAUUUCUGUUCUGAGAUAUACUAUGUCUCAGAUGAACUGUCUGCAGGAGUGGCUGUCAGAAGUAAUCAUAGGGCAGCCAGACUGUCUUGAGGCCUUUUACAGCUUUAAGCUGAAUAGCUUUGCCUCCAUGCUGACACGAGUUGGAGCAUGACAUUUCAGAUGAUUAUGGAUAUUAUUCAUUCAAACCAUCUCUACUUUGUAUAGCAGGCUAACAAACUCUGAGGAGUGAGGAAAGUGAAAUAAAAUCAAGAACAUAUUUCUUUUUUGGCACUCCUGAUAACUUGUCAUCUUCCUCUUUCCUUGUUCCUUACCAAACUCAAAGCUAGCAGCAGAAAGGAAAAUAGGACCGGGGGACUGAGGAUAAUUGUUGUGCAGCAGCAUGCUGCUUCACACUGCAUUGCUCGCAUGUUUCAAGCAUGUCAGUCCUGAUCCUUCUUUAUUUACAGACAUUCUCUGACAUUACAAGUACCGUUAUAACAUGAGUCAUAACAGUGUUAGAAACAUUUUAGCAACUGUUACUUUGUUGUUAAAGCUCCCAUGAAGGACUUUUAGUUUGUGUUCAUUUCACACUGUAUAUGUUUAAGUAUGUUUUAACAAAAAAUAUCUCAUCCUUUAACAGUGGAAUGUAUUAAUCAUUACGAAAUAGGUGUAAAUUAAGGCUGUUUUGCUAGCAUACUGUUCAUUACUUUAUCUGAUGCUUAUACAUUGAUUUAAGGCAUUAAUAAUUACCACAUAGGAACAAUCAAUCAUGUUGCCUGUGGUUUUGUUUGCUUUUGUAGGUCAUAAAGAGGCAUCAGUAUUAAUUUAAGUCCAUCUCAUAAUGUGUUAAAAACUCCUCACAGGGGCUUUAAAGGACCUUGAUAAGACACAGAAGAAUGCCAGUUACCUACAGACAUCUCCCAAAGAUUAAAUUUGUGCAAUUGGUUCUGACUAUGAUUUAAAAACCUUCUGCAGAGUAAACAAAGUGUCUUAGUUUCUGAUAAAUGAUGAAAACAGACUGUCCUUGUGGUGAUAACUUGGACUCCACUGUAGCUGUGUUGGAUGCUUUCUGCUUUAUCCAUGAUGUCUUUCCUUGUUUUGUUUUUUUAUGUACCUUUUCUGUUCCAUUUGUUGACUUUUUGUCCUACCUGACUUAUCCCUUCAUAUCUCCCGGGAUGGCUCAGACAGUCCAGCUAAUGGACACAUUGCUGUUUGGCUCAUUAACUGGCCAAUGAGCUUUUGUCCUCUGCCCUUCUCAUGCCUGUCUGUUCAACUUUGAUGCAAUCAAACACAGGCUCUGCUGUGACACACGUUCAUGUAAACGCUCCCUAUUGAUUACUGAGAGCAGCGGCAUUUUAUUUGGGGCUGAACAAGGUUCAGACCCUUUCUGGAGUCGCCUCCUACGCCUCUCUCUGCCUCUUAAACCUCAGGGCCUCAAGAAGACUUUCACUGAGAGAGAAGUCAAAGAAACACUUCAAACAUAAAUUCUGCUCCUCACCUCCAUCUCUUUUUCUUACUUUCUGCAUCACCGGAUGAUUCUAGAGGGCAGAAAGUGAAGACGACUGAGUGUGUUUAUGCCACUGAGUGUUGCUGCUGGUCCUGAUUUGGGUCUAUUAAGAUGUUUUCGUUCCUGGUAGUCAAAAUUUGAGAAGCUCAAAAUCCACCUGAAUGGACUUUCUAUCUUUAAAGACAUCGCUCUUAUUAUUUUGGGAAGUCAAUGCGAUAAAAAUGUUACAUUUUGGCAUCGUGACUCCAAUUGAAGCUUAAAAGCAACUUGGAAAACUGGACAUUGUUACUGUGCUUUUCCACAUCCAGAGUCUGUUUAUCUACAUGCAGCUUAGCUACACAUCUGAAUGAAUAUGACACUGAUUGCCUGAUAUUUUGUGUGUCUGUGUGUGUGUUUAUUUACAUUUACUUUCUAUCUAUAUUGAGAGCUUUUCUUUUUUCUAGUUCCUGUUUUUUUGGCAGACUUCUGUCACAUGAGUGAGUUUUCCCGUUGACCUUUUUUUGCCUCUGUCUAGAAAACAUUCAGAGUGUUUGCACUGUGUUGCUGUCUGGCCUGAAUGGACAGUGGAUUUAGAUGAAAUAAAACACCUUCUGAGUAUUAAACCUUUGAACACACUGAACGACAAAAUGUGACUAAUAUUGCUUGUAAGACAUCAAACACAGUUUAAGCUGUGUUUUAUGGCUGUUGGAUUCAGUCUGUUGGCCUUUUCAACACGAUGGAGCUCUGCGCAAUCUUUGUAUUCAAAUCAAUGGAUUUUAUGCCAAGGAAACCGAGAAAGGCGCCACAACCGUUCAUUUUAAAGACAGUGGAGCAUUGGUUGCAUGUAGUGGAUUUGAUCUUUUUGAAUAAACUCUAAACGAGAGUCCUUUUGGAUUUUAAUGUGAAGCCAAAGGAGUGUAAUAUUUCCUCUUGGCCCUGUUUUGGAGGCCCACAGAAACUGGAUUCUGUCAAGAACAGGGAGAGGAAAUCCACUCCUGAACUGGAUCUUUAAUGGAUUUGAUAUCAAGGCACACCUGGAGGCACACAGACGCCACAGAUUCUGAACUUUUCUCGUUGUGGUCCCAUUUUUAGCCCGUCACUCACCAUAAAGAGACAAGUUUAAAACGAUGUAUUGAAAUGUUAAAGUGUCAUGUAUGUCUGAUAAUCAAUUAGAUUGAUAUAUUGGUCAUUAAGCUUAUUUGCCUUUCGGGGAUGAGUUCAAUUAGAAGGGUGAUACACAUCUAAUUUUAGAUACUUUUCAAACAUGCCCUGCAGCCGGUUGGUGUUUAGCUUUGCUCAAAGACAAGAAAUAGGGUCUAACAGCUUACCUAUACCAGCAACAGGUGGACUAGCACCUCUUUAAGCUAUGGAGAGGACCUUUCAUUUUGCUCUGAUUUUUGGCACCCCCUGUGGACAGAGUUGUCAAUGCUUAUCUGUUUUUAACAGUUGUGUUUUACCGUCCCUGUAAAGCAAAAUCCAAACUUUUCUGUCUUAACACAUUAGAUAUGUUGGAAUAAGGUUGCUGUAAACAGGUGAAAAAACUGGCAUCUACAUGUGACUACAUUUUUUAUUUAGCGGACUAUUGGUAAAAGUAUCAUAGCAGGGAGAUUUGUGCCAGAAAACAGUAAAUUUAAUCCCAAACUUCUGUCUCCUUUCUCUUAAAGAGAAGAUUUUUUUUUUUUUUUUAAUUUGAGAGGAUCAUAUUUCUCGUGAGUGGGUGUGGCUUCAGCUCAUUCAGCCGACACACCCACACCAUCCUAGAGCAGAUUUUACUGCCUCAAUUUUCA